AUGCUAAAUAAAUUUGUUGAUGAAGUUCAUGAACGGAUAAUGAUUCAUACAAAUCAUGCUGUGAAUGAAGGGCAUAAACAAAUCAAAAUUAUUGGUGAGGAUUCCGACUGCGUAGCUCUUUUAUCACAAAAUUGGAAAACUUGGGCUACACAGGGACUUACAGAAUUAUGGUAUGAAUAUACAUGCAGUUAUAAAAAAAAAGUAAUUGGAAUUCACAUCUUGGCUGAAAAACUUCCGCCAGAACUGUUGUUAACAAUUGUAGCAGUACAUAAUUUAACAGGGUCCCUCUAUACGAGUAGAAUUGGUACAAAGCAAGCAGCUAUCAACAAUAAUCCUAUGGAAUACCUAUCAAUCUGCGGAAAAGGGUGGGAAUACCAUCAUGGAUCUAGUUUUAGUAUACAAAAUUUAUCAGCAACAAGUGCAUCAAUAAGAUUACACAUUCUUCGUGCUUGGUAUAUAACUUAUAAACAACUAAAUCUACUCAAUUAUUUUUAUCAGGUGCCCUUAAAUUUUACUGAUUUUGGCUAUGAAAUUAUUAAAAACGAGAUUUGCCCGAAAAAAAUUUGA